UGGCGCUAGUUUCUAUUCGUUCUGUGAUUUUUGUGGACAGGAUACAGUCUUUUCUGAGCUGUCCUCGAUUUGGUCGAAAAAGAAGAAAUACACAUAGAAUGAGUUUGAUUAAAAAUAUACAGCGUUAAAUAGGAGUAUCAUACAGCCAGUAGCUCUACCUUACAAAUACAGGUUACUUAUAUAUAACAGUAAUGAGCAGAAAUACGUCCUCAAAUCUAAUUUGAAUCUUGCUGAAACGAUUCCUCGAUCGUCAGUAUUUUUGUUUUUUUGUUUUGUUAAUGUCUCUGGAGGUUGCUUGCUUGUCUUUUAGACAGCCAUACGCAGGACUCGUGCUGAACGGGGUGAAAUCUGUGGAGACGCGAUGGCGCCCUCUGCUGGCCGAGAUGCGCAACUGCACUAUGGCCGUCCACAUUGCACAGAAGGACUGGGAAGGAGACGAAUGGAGAAAUAUCCUCAGGGAGAAUUUUGCAAUGAAACAGCCUGAAGUGGACGAGCUUCUGGGAUCCGGGGAAAGAUUUGGCCGUGGUGUUGUGGCAGGUCUUGUGGAUGUUGGGGAAACAUGGUUAUGUUCUGAAGAUGUCUCUCCAGAGGAAAUGAGAGAGCUGGAAAAAGCAGCUUGCCUGACUGGACUUGCCCAAAAAUACCUCACGAGACUGUCCAGGCCACGCUGGCUCACAGAGCCGCUGUAUUCAAGAGGCCAUAAAGACAUGUGGAUGGUAAGGAUCCCAGAACAUCUGCUACCUCCGGAUCCUGUGGUUGAGUUCUUAUAGCGGUCACUGAGACCUGCAGUGCUGUUAGUUUAAUGACUUAAUGACAGGUCUGUGUUGAUUGUACUAACUGAUGACUAAUCAUUCAUCUAUAACCUUUUCACAUUUUAACUGGCAUCAAAUGUUAUUCCUUUACUUGUCACAAUUAGGCCCAUUUAUACUGCUAGAAUAUAAAUACAUCACAUGUCAAAUACCAACAUUGCUUCACCUUUUAUACUGAAUGUAGUAGGAUUUUAGGAUAUAUUAGCAAACAUGCUGAUUUAGAAAUAAAUAUUAAAAAAAAAAACACUAUCAUGACCUUUCUUGUCUAUAAGUUUACUCAGUCACUGUUUUGAUCACACCUGGCUCAUUUACAGUAAAAAUAAAGAAUGCACAUAUUUAAAAUCAAAA